AACGCGAGUCCACUAGGAGAAGAUGUCGUUCCUCCGCGGCUCCGCCAACUACGUAUGGUGCACCACCAGCGUGCUCGGCAAGGGCGCGACCGGCGCGGUGUUCCAGGGCGUCAACAAGAACAACGGCGAGCCGGUCGCGGUGAAGACGUUCAAUCAGCUGAGCCACAUGCGGCCGCACGACGUGCAGGUGCGGGAGUUCGAGGUGCUGAAGAAGGUCAAGCACGAGAACAUCGUCAAGCUGCUGGCGAUCGAGGAGGAGCAGGACGGCCGUGGCAAGGUGAUCGUCAUGGAGCUCUGCACCGGCGGCAGCCUCUUUAACAUCCUCGACGACCCGGAGAACACGUACGGCCUCGCUGAGAGCGAGUUCCUGCUGGUGCUCGAGCACCUGUCGGCCGGCAUGAAGCAUCUGCGGGACAACAACCUGGUCCACCGCGACUUGAAGCCGGGUAAUAUAAUGAAAUUCAUCGCUGACGACGGCAGCACGAUAUACAAGCUGACCGAUUUCGGGGCCGCUCGGGAGUUGCAGGAGGACCAGCAGUUCGUGUCGCUUUACGGCACCGAGGAGUACCUGCACCCGGACAUGUACGAGCGCGCGGUGCUCAGGAAGCCCGUCGGCAAGACGUUCGGCGCGACCGUCGACCUGUGGUCCAUCGGCGUGACCCUCUACCACGUGGCGACCGGCAAUCUGCCGUUCCGGCCGUUCGGCGGGCGCAGGAACAAGGAGACCAUGUUCUACAUCACGACGAAGAAGGCGUCGGGCGUGAUAUCCGGGCUGCAGACCUCGGAGAACGGGCCGAUCGAGUGGAGCAGGGAGCUGCCGCAGGCCUGCCAGCUGAGCGUGGGCCUCAAGAAGAUAGUGACGCCGCUGCUCGCCGGCUUGCUCGAGGUGGACCCGCAGAGAAUCUGGAGCUUCGAGCGUUUCUUCAGCGAGGUCACGGACACGCUCUGCCGGAAGCCCGUUCACAUAUUCAACAUCCACCGGGCGAGUCUGAUCAAGGUCUUCCUGCAUCCGGACGAGAAGCUGGUCGCCCUGCAGAUACACAUUCAGGAUCAGACGGAUAUCAUGCCGCACGCGCAGAUUCUCCUCCUCGGCGAGGUGCCCCUCGCGAGCCUCGUCGAGGAGUCCACGCCGGGCAAGGGGUAUCCCAAUACCAGCCGCGACAAGCCGCUGAUGCUGUUCUCGCGCGAGAAUAACAACGUCGUGCUGCCGACGGAGACCGAGCUGCCCAAAUUCCCCGUCUUUGCGAAUCUCGUUUCCGUGGAGAACGACGCGAGCCAAGCCAAAGUCGCGUGCUCCGUGGGACACGUCUGUAAACGUAGAAUCGACAAGCUGGCCCUGUGCAGCAAGCUGUCGCGGGACGCCAUAGACGCGUUCAGCGCACUCCUGUCCACGGAGCUCGCGCGGGUGCUGGCCAAGUGUCAGCACUCGAGGGAGUUCACCAAGGCGGUGGAGGACACCGUCCUGGCGGUGGAGAGGAGCGAGACCUUCGCCAAGCACGUGUUCCGAAAGUUCGGCGGUCAAGCCGCGGCGGAGGUCAAAAGCUGGCGGAAAGAAUUGGACGUGAAGAGCAAGGAACUUACGAGUGAACUGACUCCAGCGAUCGUGCAGCUUCACCAGAGAUAUGUAAAGGAGGGCAACUUGCGGGGAGAAUGGGAAAACAGUACUCGCGGCUUGUGGUGCCCGUGGGCCACGAAGGCGAGCCAACGGGCAGCGACCUUGGUCGACCGCCUGAGGGAUGGGUGGCAACAUUUGCUGAGGGACAGGGCCACUCGUAGUCUCACUUACAACGAUGAACAAUUCCACGUUCUUGAACGCAUAAAGGUGACGGAAACGGGACGUCGGUUGAAGGCGCUUCUCGAAACGGAGUGUAUGCCGGCGAUGACGCAGCGGUCCGAGUGCGUCGCCGAUUGGUACAAAAUGGCGCAAACGGUGUUCCUGCAGACUCAGAUACUGGACAAGGACGUAGACGGUUACGAGCGCGUGCUGGAGUCGUUCUCCUAUCGCUUGUCGCAGGAGAGCAAGGAGCGCAACGAGAGUCUCUUGCACUCGUUGGACAGGCUCCCCGGCAAACUGAAGACGGUCGAGAAGACGAGCGUGCCGGUGCAGGAGAGCACGAAGAAGUGGCGCAACAUCUGCGACACGCAAGAACAAAUCGCGAUGCUUCUUUGUGAAAACGGCGAACUUGUAGACCAACUCGAUCAUGUGGUAAUGAUCGAGAGGAUGGAGGACAUGGCUGAUGGCGGAUAUGAUUUUUAACACCCGCCACUUCUUCAGUCCGACAAUCAUGAGAUAAAGACUGAGACUCACAAUGUAUAUACUAGAAGCUCGAUAUAUCUGCAUUGUUAGUGUAUAGUGUUAAAUGUUAAAAAAAGGAAUACAAUAUUCACAAUUUUUUUACUCAGUA